AUGGCAGCGUCAUCAUGUCCACGUAGUGUUCAUGUGGUGUUGUAUCUAGGACAGUACAUCUGUGAUGUCAACAACAGUCAUGGGAAUAAGUCGAGGAAUCUGAAGCUUGAUAAACCAACACCUGACGUCCCAAUCGAGCCUACAGUUGCUGUCUUGUGUGUCAUCACCGUCGUCGUUGCUGUCGCCAUCGCAAUCAGUCUUCACAGACAUAGAGCCAAGAAAAGAGAACAUCCGUGCAGUGCUGAAGCUGACAAUGAAGAACAGGCCCAGCAAGACCCGAGACAUCUGUACUCCAAGGUGACCAAGAGGAGACGGGAGAGACGUGAAGAUGUGUACAAGCCAGUCCAGUUGAUAAACCUCAUGUAUGGUGCACCGCGCCCGAGUGAGAGAGAGGCUCUGAUCAACAACUCUGGAGAACGGAAUGCCGAUGGACUUAUCUACGCUGACCUUGACCUUGUGGAACCUCUCCUGGUUGACGGUACGUUCGUCGUACACAGCAAGGAGAAGCCUGUGGUGUAUGAGGAGAUAGACUUCUCCCUCAUGCCCGGGCCACAGCUCCCGGACAAACUCUGGGAGGUUGAGGAAGGGCAGAACUUCUGCAAAUGAAGAUCCAUUCUAAAAUUGAACAGCUUUUGUUUUCAUGGUUAAGAUGUACUGGAAUAAUGUACAUUAGCUUUGUACAUUUGAUAGUGUUGAGGGUAACCAUAUGUACAUUUGAUAGUGUUGAGGGUAACCAUAUGUACAUUUGAUAGUGUUGAGGGUAACCAUAUGUACAUUUGAUAGUGUUGAGGGUAACCGUAUGUACAUUUCAUUUUGUUGAGGGUAACCAUAUGUACAUUUGAUCGUGUUGAGGGUAACCAUAUAUACAUUUGAUUGUGUUGAAAGUAACCAUAUGUACAUUUGAUCGUGUUGAA